UAUUAGUUUUUACACGAAGACCUGGUUGUUUCGCUAAAAUAGGAAGAAAAAGAAAAAAAGGAAAAGCCGCAGCUUUCUAUUUGUGUCUGCGCGGUGGUCAGACUCAGCCUCAGCAGCAGCCUCUGAUUUCCACCGUUGAGAUUCAUCUCUAAUUUGAUUCCAUUUCAUUUUUUUUCGUUCAUUGCCUCAAAGCCAUUCAAACCACCUCCACAAUCUGAUCCUUGUUAUAUCCAAAAUCAGUUUUCCGAUUCUUCUGUGUAAGUGUAGGUAGGUAUUUGCAUAUUGAAUAUGUAUGGUGUUAAUGGUACUUCUUCGGAUGCGAUUUCCAGAGAUAUGAAUUCUUUGUUGCAUUCGUCUACCUUCAAGCAUCCGGCCGACGGCGAGUUUGCCAAGAUCAAACAGUUGAUUUCAUUGGAUCCUUAUCCAGAUUACGAUCAACAAACUCAAAGUCAAAAUCAACAAGAUGAGAAUCAGAGCUCCUUAUUGCGUUAUCGCUCUUCUCCGAGCUCCUUCUUUUCGAAUCUACUCAACGAGAACGGAGACGAGGAGUUUGCGGAUCCUGUCACCGCCGCCUCGAAUCACGAGCCGGAGGAAAGGUUCUUCAAGCAACAAAAGAAAUCUGAAUAUGAUUCACGUGAGUUCCUUGACUUUCUAGACUAUGCGUCGCCCUCGUCAACGCCUAUGAAGCAGGAAAGGAGAGAACCGUCGAUUCAGAACCAGGAUCUUCCACAUCCGUCGUCAACGGCUGUGAUGCACGGUAGCACUUCACGGCGACUGCCGGAUUCCAGUAGUUAUGACUACACAAAUCAAAGUAAUUUGGAUUGUGCAUCGACUUUCAGAGCUACGGAUUCAACCAGUCCAAAUCUCAUCAGGCAGAAUAGCACUCCAGCUGGAUUUUUGUCCUCCUUGAAUGUUGAAAAUGGUUUUACUGGCGUGAAAGAUGUGAGAAAAGGCAGUUCAUCAAGUGCUUCGAAUAACCACAUCAGUUUCUCAUUAGGUCCAUCUUCUUCAUCAAGAUUCUUGCCCCAAAUAGCUGAAAACGAGAAUGGGUUGCAUGAUUCCACAUUCAAUGGCUUGAAGAGGAGCAGAGAUGGUGGUUUGAAGAUAUCACAUUCACAGAAUGGAGAGUCUGGAAACCAUACUCCUAGUUUGCUUCACCAUAUGAGCUUACCAAAAACUUCCUCUGAGAUGGCAGCUGCUGCUGAAAAUUUCUUGCAUUUCCAACAAGAAUCAUCGGUUCCUUGGAAAACACGAGCAAAAAGAGGAUUUGCUACACACCCAAGAAGCAUUGCAGAAAGGAUGAGAAGAACCCGAAUAAGCGAAAGAAUCAAAAGGUUACAAGAGCUUUUCCCUGAUAUGGACAAGCAAACUAAUACAGCAGAUAUGUUAGAUAUGGCUGUUGAGUACAUUAAAGACCUUCAAAAAGAACUACAGAUUUUGAACGAUGCUCGAGCAAGGUGCAAGUGCUCAAGUAAACAAUUACAGUUAGGUUCGACCAUGUAACUUGCUUUCGUGUAUCAGUGGGUACCCAUGAAAAGUCCUCACGUACUUGUAUGAUCGAUCGCUAAUUAUGUUGUACAUGAUUUAGUUUAUGUGAAUUAGGCAAAAGACAGACAGUGUGCUUUAAAUUUGAGGAAUAUUAGAUCCAAUAUUUGGAUGACCCAA